UCUCACGGUGCGACUUGUAGUAACAACUUGUAGCAUACGACUUGUAGUAACAACAAAGAUCGUAACGACUUUGCUAUUUGUGUACUUUUUAAGUCGUAUACAACUCGUAUCUCGCGAGAUUCUCACGUAUGACUCAGCAACAUGGAUUCGUCGAGUGAAGAAGAAACGCUAGCCAUGAUAAUGUCAGUCUACAUAUCGCAGUCGGUAAAAAAAGAAGAGAAAGCCUAAAUCGGUGUGGGUCCGUAACUGGAUUCUUAGGCGGAACACGGCUGGAGCGUAUAAUUCGCUUCUUCGAGAGCUUGAACAGGAAGAUCCAAGGUCACUGAAGAAUUUUCUCCGUAUGGACAAGGUGAAUUUUGACAUUUUGUUGGAGAAAAAUUCUCCAUACAUCGAGAAGAAGUGUACCCCCAUGAGAAACAGUAUUCCUGUUGGAGAGAAACUGGCACUCACCUUACGAUAUUUAGCAAGCGGUGACAGUUACAGCUCCCUUGAGUUCCUGUACCGGGUGCCAAGAAUACCAUCUGUAACUUUGUUCCUUGUGUCUGUAAAGCCAUCUAUGAUGUACUUCAAAAAGACUACUUGCAGGUUCCUACUACUGAACGUGACUGGCACAACAUUCAGGAAGAAUUCAUGGCAAAGUGGCAGUUCCCCCCACUGCAUUGGUGCAAUUGAUGGCAAGCAUAUUGCAAUUCGGGCACCCAACAAUACAGGAUCUGAAUUCUUCAACUACAAGAAAUUUUUCAGUAUCAUCCUAUUGGCAUUGGUGGAUGCCAAUUGCAAAUUUAUAUUUGUAGAUGUGGGAGCCAAUGGCAGAGCUGGAGAUGCAGCAGUGUAUGCUAAUUCCCAGCUUUCCUAUGCACUACAGCAUAACACAUUAAAUAUUCCACAACCAACUCCCUUGGAGGGCCGACAUGAACUAGUGCCGAGCGUUGUUGUGGGAGAUGAUGCCUUCCAACUAAAGCCACACUUGAUGAAGCCUUAUCCUAUGAGGGAUUUAUCUUAUGAGAAAAGAAUAUUUAAUUACAGGCUGUCAAGAGCAAGGAGAGUAUCUGAAAAUGCAUUUGGCCUUCUGGUCAACAGAUUCUGCAUCUUUCAAAAACCUCUACAAGUAUCACCAGAAGUUGCCAGUUCAGUUGUCUUGGCAAGUGUUGCAUUACAUAACUUUCUCAAAUCAAACUCUGACCCAGUCUAUAACACUAAUGAUGCAGCUAAUGUACACAGUGUUAUCCGUGGUUUCAUACAGCAGGGAGGGAACAGAAAUGCCAGCAAUGCAAGAGAAGUGCGAGAUGAGCUGGCUGAUUAUUUUAUGACAGAAGGUCAAGUUGAUUGGCAGUGGGAUAUGGUGGUAUAAACUCUGAAAAGUGACAUUACUUAUGUGAAAUGUAAAAUGUGGAAGGACUGAAUUUAUGUAUACAUAUAAUAAGU